AUGGAGCGAAAAGUGUCAGUGGAAAAUAUCGUGAGGAUGUACUUAUCGCGUGAGGAAAUUUUGGAGGAUAAAGUUUACCGUUGUUCGUUCGACAACUGUUUCACAAUGCUGCACAAUCUAGCAAACCUACAGAUGCAUCUCGCGCGGCAUCACAACGUUCCCGCCAUGAGCCCACAAUCGGGAAAGCCUGAGCUGGGGUGUAAAAUAUUCUAUUGCCCCUACGUCAGCUGCGUGUAUUACCAAACACCUGCCGAAUGUGAUAAUGGUGCGCGAUUUUUCAGUUCAUUUCGGUCACUGAAGCAGCACUACCUGAAAGUACAUAGCGAACGCAAGUUUGGGUGUGAAGCAUGUGGGAAAUCCUUCGCUACAGCGAGCUUCCUGCGCCAUCACCACCUGUCUUGUGGCCGAAAGUUCAUCUGCGAUCAUUGCUCGUACUCAUAUGGAUCGCGGGAAGCUUUGCUUACGCACGCCAAACGGAAGCAACACGGAUACGAGGAAUUGCUGCUAAUGAAGAAGCCACAUCUUGGAAGACCUUCUAAACUGCCCAAAACCGGAUCCGUGAGCACAGGUACACAAACCCUAUCAGAAGAAGUCGAUAUAAUGCGAAAUCGCAGCACAGAGCUAACAGAGAACCGUGGUACGCAGACCGUCCAAGGAAAGCGUGCUCCUGAACUACAUGAUGGUGUAGUUCACUUAACUGCACACUCAACAUCGGUUGGGGAAACGGAAACAUCGAUCGUCAAUGGAACGCACAAAACCCAUAACCUUGGCUCGCAUAUCGCAAUUGAGAUCGGCAGCGCAGAAUCACUGAUUCCCGUUGUGUGCACUGAAACCCAGACGGACUUUAUCGACGUAAUGUUUGCGCACGGUGAAAAUCGUCAUGAUCCGCUACUUUCUUACACGCACAUGCAUACGCAAACAUGUGACGAGCCCGGUUUGUUUGCUGAUCUCGGUUUAUCCACGAUUGAAACUCAAACGAGCUGGGACGAAGAGGGAGGGGAAUCGUUUGGGGACUUCCUCGUGUCCACCGAAACGCAGACCAAUUUUGAUAUCGACUGUUUCGAUUGUACCAGCAACAGUAAUGGAGACAAGGCGGACCAGGCUAAUAGUAAGCAGACCCAGAUGCCGGAAGCGAUGCACAAUGAAUUCCACAACUCCAGUGGAGCCGGAUUUCUAAGCGAAAUUGGAGAUUCGCUCGAUCACAGUUCCACGGUCCGGAUAAAAUCGUCCUGA